AUGGAACCAAAUAUACCAGUGCUAGCAAAGAAAUUUUGGAGCAUAGUUCGUGUGGCUUUCUUCAUGCUGAGGAAAGGCAUAUCAAAGCGAAAAUUAAUGCUUGAUCUCAACCUGAUGAUGAAACGAGGCAAAAUUGCCGGGAAGGCACUACAGAACCUCAUGUUCCACCACGCUCACAACUGGUCCUCCGCCUCCUCCUCCGCCACCUUCAACCGCCACUCACACGAUGGCCACCUCUCUUUCUCACCCGCCGGUGGUGAGUACGAGUUCAGCUGCAGUAACAGCCCAGCUUACCCAAACUUCCAGUUCCUCUUCAACCUCAACAAACGCAAGCCCCACCACUCUAACCUUUUCCCUUGUGCUCACGCGCCGCCCACUGACGAUGACUUAGUGACCGUUAAUGCGGUUGUGAAGGCGUUAGAGAUGCUGAACAGCGAGGCUGCGUCGCCUGCUCUGCCGGGGUUUGGGCGGAGUCCGAUGGUGAGGCAGCUGAGGGUAACGGACUCUCCGUUUCCGUUACGGGAGGUGGAAGAAGACAACCAUGUGGAUGAGGCUGCUGAGAAGUUCAUAAUGAAGUUCUACAGUGAUCUACGCCGUCAAAAUGCAGCGGCUACUUCGAGGAGGCGUUGA